GUGCAUCGGGUGAGAGGCGUUCCUAAAAUGACGGUAUCACGUAUGGACGAAAUAUGUGCGUCCUUUUUUCUAGCAAGCAUAUUCAGGAAGAGAUUCAGAAUAGCCUAUCCAUGAGUGUGCUACUGGUAGAGGCGUUCUACGGUGGCUCCCACAAACAGCUGAUAGACCUGCUUAGAGAGAAUGUGGACGACUGCGUGUCCUACACACUGCCGGCUAAGAAAUGGCACUGGAGGGCCAGGACAGCAGCCCUGUACUUCAUGCAGGCUAUCCCGGCUAGCCCCUCAUACAGGGUCCUGUUUGCCAGUUCUGUGCUGAACCUGUCUGAACUGGUGGCCCUGCGUCCUGACCUGGCCACACUGAAGAAGGUGCUCUACUUCCACGAGAACCAGCUCGUCUAUCCAGUCCGCAAGAGCCAGGACAGAGACUUCCAGUACGGAUACAACCAGGUUCUUUCAUGCUUGGUGGCAGAUGUGGUGGCGUUCAACUCUUCUUUCAACAUGGAGUCUUUCCUGUCCUCCAUUUCGUCCUUCAUGAAGAUGAUCCCCGACCACAGGCCCAAAGACCUGGACAAGCUCAUACGCCCAAAGUGUCGGGUCCUCCACUUCCCCAUCCAAUUCCCCCAUGUCACAAGCAGACCUGAAGUACUACUCAGUCCAGUAGAAGAGGAAAAGGAGGGACUUCUCAGUCUCAGCUCCACUCCGGCUCCCAAAGCGCUCUGCUUGAGCCCAGAGCCAGAGGCUGCCAUCCUGGAUCAGAGGGAAGGCACCGGGCAGGCCGAGGCUCCUUCUCACCCCAGGGAAGAGCGAGGGCCUGGGGGAGGGAAGGAAGAGGGGGAUGGAGGAGGAGAAGAGAGCCACGUCAGACCUCUUCAUAUCGUCUGGCCUCAUAGGUGGGAACACGACAAAGACCCCGAGCUCUUCUUCAAGAUGCUGCUGAAGCUGAAAGAGAGAGGCCUGGGCUUUCAACUGUCUGUCCUGGGGGAGACCUUCACUGACGUACCAGACAUCUUUGCAGAAGCCAGAGUGGCCCUGAAUGCCCAUGUCCUCCACUGGGGGUUCAUGCCCAGUAAAGAGGACUACCUCCAUGUCCUCUGCGAGGCAGACGUGGUGGUCUCCACAGCCAAGCAUGAGUUUUUUGGAGUGGCCAUGCUAGAAGCUGUUCAUUGUGGCUGCUAUCCACUCUGCCCCAAGGCGUUGGUGUAUCCUGAAAUAUUCCCAGAGGAGUAUCUGUACUCUACACCUGAGCAGCUUUAUAAGAAACUACAGGGACUGUGCAGAAGGCCAUACGUGGUGAGGAGACAUCACGUUAAGGUUGACACCAGUUCCUAUUCCUGGACUGCGCUGAAGGAGGACUUCAGGAGUCUGCUGGCAUACAAAGAGGACCACCAUCCCUGACGGACAGACUACAACUGGGCCAAUGCGAGUCCGCGGAUCUGCUCAGAAGUGGGCACACUUAGUUCACUCGAUUAGUGGCAGAAUGAGAUGGAUUUAAAGGUUGAUGGAAAGUCUGCAGCGUAGCGAGGGAGGGAGAGUCUCAAGGGCUGUCGUCAUAGCUGCCUGACGUGGAGCCACGGGCAACAAACCUGUGGUGGCCUCAGACAGUCUGUCCCCACCACCUCUCUCCACUCAGCUCCACUCUGCUCAAAUCAAAGCCAUGCCUUUGAGACAUUGUGCCUGUUGUAAACGUCCCCAUCUUCACGUGCGAGAGGGAGAGGUCUUUUAUGUCUACUGUGGUUUGAAUUUGAAAUAAAGAGAAAAGAACGUGUAAACUCUUUCAAAGGUUUCUCAAAGGCGGUGCCACCUCAUAUAUCCGGUUGUGUUCAUUUUGAUCCUGUACUGGAGAGGACCUGGAGCUGGAAUUGCUCCCCACCCCACGACUCCCGACAGAGUGGCAGCCAAGUUGUGGCUUGAAAUGCUGUUCUCUGCCUCCACACCUGGGUUGCCAGGGGCCUCAUUUAUAAAUUGUGCGUACGUACAAAUAUACCCCAACAUGUGCGUGCGCCAGUUCACACAAAAGUUGGCAUUUAUAAAAAAUGUACUUGACAUGAGAAUUUGCUCACCUCCCCGCAACUUGUAGACCAUGCGUACGCACAUCUCUGCUAGUGUAUGAAAUAUUGUAUUGCAAUCUGGCAAGUAAGUAUUUUGUGCAAAUGGGGGAUAUGAUGAAAAGCUUAUUCAUAAAACAUAUUAACCAGAAUGCAGCCAUUUCCCAUUAAAGUGGAACUGACAGCAUUUUAGCAACAAAAAAAUCUUAUUAAAAUAUACACCCCCAGGAAGAAUGACACUUUUUUUUACAUUUUCUGACAAGCAAGCACUUAGAUAUGGUCAUUUUCAUGUUUUCAUACAUUCUUAGAAUACAUACUUCCCAAACAUUCCAAAGCAUUUGUAAAAAUUCUAUAGCGAUAUAGAGUGGCAAAGCAGCUGUGCAUUUGGACAAUUAAUAGACACUGCAGUAAAUGAAACCUAAUAAAAACAUCUGUCUUGUCCAGGACUAAAGUCUACGCAGACCGGUGCGGUACACCGAUCAGGUACACUAGGUCUAUAUGCCAACAAGCCAUUUACCACAAGGGCCUGCAAUCAUUCACUUUGAAUUGGACUGCGUGUUUACAGGCAGUUGCAACAGCGCGACUUUAGAUCAUUAGAACGCAUUAGGCUAAAUGGAUUUCUGCAAAUAUGUACAGUUGAAGUCGGAAGUUUACAUACAUCCUUAGCCAAAUACAUUUCAAUUCAGUUUUUCACAAUUCCUGAUAUUUAAUCCUAGUAAAAAAAUCUCUGUUUUAGGUCAGUUAGGAUCACCACUUUAUUUUAAGAAUGUGAAACAUCUGAAUAAUGUUAGAGAGAGUGAUUUAUUUCAGCUUUUAUUUUGGUCAUUAUGGCCAAACAGUUAUAUUUUUGUUUCAUCAGACCAAAAAGUACGAUCUUUGUCCCCAUGUGUAGUUGCAAUCCGUAGUCUGGCUUUUUUAUGGUGGUUUUGGAGCAGUGGCUUCUUCCUUGCUGAGCGGCCUUUCAGGUUAUGUCGAUAUAGGACUCGUUUUACUGUGGAUAUAGAUACUUUAUAUUUUUCCUCCAGCAUCUUCACAAGGUCCUUUGCUGUUGUUCUGGGGAUUCAUUUGCACUUUUCGCACCAUAGUACGUUCAUCUCUAGGAGACAAUGCAUCUCCUUCCUGAGCGGUUUGACAGCAAAUGUGUUUAUGCUAGAGUACUAUUGUUUGUACAGAUGAACAUGGUACCUUCGGGCAUUUGGAAAUUGCUCCCAAGGAUGAACCAGACUUGUGGAGGUCUACAAUUGUUUUUCUGAGGUCUUGCCUGAUUUAUUUAGAUUUUUCCAUGAUGUCAAGCAGAGGCACUGAGUUUGAAGGUAGGCCUUGAAAUACAUCCACAGAUACACCUCCAAUUGACUCAAAUUAUGUAAAUUGGCCUAUCAGAAGCUUCUAAAGCCAUUACAUAAUCUUCUGGAAUUUUCCAAGCUGUUCAAAGGCACAGUCAAUUUAGUGUAUGUAGACUUCUGACCCACUGGAAUUGUGAUACAGUGAGUUAUAAAUUAUAUAAUCUGUGUAAACAAUUGUUGGAAAAAUUACUUGUGUCAUGCACAAUGCAUAUGUCCUAACCGACUUGCCAAAACUAUAGUUUGUUAACAACAAAUUGUGGAGUGGUUGAAAAACAAGCUUUAAUGACUCUUAACAUAAGUGUAUGUAAUCUCCCGACUUCAACUGUAAAUAAAUACAGAGGGAACCCUAUUACAUUUGGGAAGUUUACAGUCCUAUUGAUCAAACAAUCAUAAAAAGGUAGGCUAUCUUUCCCCACAGUACCGGUCAAAAGUUUAGAUCUAACUCAUUCAAGGGUUUUUCAUUAUUUGUACUAUUUUCUAUGUUGUAGAAUAGUAGUGUAGACAUCAAAACUAUGAAAUAACAUACGGAAACAUUUAGUAACCAAAAAAGUGUUAAACUUUUUAAAGUAAUGAUGAACUGUCAUUUUUCUUUGCUUAUUUGAGCUGUUCUUGCCAUAUUAUCUUAGUCUUUUACCAAAUAGGGCUAUCUUCUGUAUACCACCCCUACCUUGUCCAAACACAACUGAUUGGCUCAAACGCAUUAAGAAGGGAAAAAAUACCUCAAAUUAACUUUUAACAAGGCACACCUGUUAAUGUAAAUGCAUUCCAGGUGACUACCUCAUGAAGCUGAUUUGAGGGAAUGCCAAGAGUGUGCAAAGCUGUCAUCAAGGAAAAGGGUGGCUACUUUGAAAGAUCUAAAAUGUAACACUUUUUUUGGUUACUACAUGAUUCCAUAUGUGCUAUUUCAUUGUCUGAUGUCUUUACUAUUAUUCUACAAUGGAGAAAAUAGUAAAAAUAAAGAAAACCCUUAAAUGUCUGUCCAAACUUUUGACUGGUACUGUAUAUGCACAUUAACAACAACAAGAUCAACAACUAAUGCUAGCCAGAGCAAGAUGAGCUAAAAUCUAACAAAGGAACAUUUCGACAAACCCUCUCAAACUUUUUCAGCUAGUUGGCCAUCAAAAUUGAAAUGAUAAACGAUGGGUAAUUGCCUGCUCGUCCUUCUGUAGCUUAUCUGCCAAUGUCCCAACAGAGCACCCAAGCUAACUGGCUAAAGUGUCCUAGCUUGCUAGCUACUUCCAGACACAAAUGAGGGAGCACCUCACUCACCAUUUUACUCGCCCGAGCAGAGCUGGUUAGGCUGUUUACAUGUUAUAUAAAGCGUACGUGACUAUUACGUUUUUUUGCGCUCUGGCACACUCAGACAAAAUUUCAGAGUACAUAGCUAGCCAGAGUGAUUUAGCGAAUGCAAGAGAUAUGCUAAUUGGAUAACAGUCGUUCUGUGUAGCCACCGAAAAACAAUACCAGGGGAAAAUUUGCGACCAUGACCUCUCCAAUGACACUGUCCUCCUAGCAGCUAUCUAGCUAGCUAACGUUAGGCUCUGUUUUUACAUAAAUAGAUACCCUAGCAUAUUAGCCAUGUUAUGACUGACUGGUGAUCAUUGCCCUUGCUAGUUUGAUGGGUAUUGACAUUCCCAGCCUUAGUUACAUUUGUCAGUUUUUUUGUCAAAAUUUUGAGUAAUUGAAACUGAAACAGUGCGUCCUGAAUAAAGGCAGCAAACAAUGUACCAGGCCAGCUGUGAUUUACAACCAUAAAGUCAUAUUUUUGGACUACUAAGAAAUGUAUUAGUGAAUUAAUUUAAUCAUGCAUUGAACUGAUAUAUUCUGCCAACAAUGCCUUAGUAUACAUCAUGGAAUGUUGAGUCAAAUUGAACCUAUUUUUAAAACCUCUUAUGAAGUUGGUUUUGUAGCAUAAACUGGGAAUUUGAUAUUUUUGACUGAUGAUUCUGUUUCGUAUCUGCAAAGUAGUUAAAAUGCUGUCAGUUCCACUUUAAUGAGAAGAGAACAUCUGUGUUUUAUUUUUUUAUUUUUCCUUCUUCGAUGGCCGCGUACCAGCGGAAUUAGGUUACGACGUCGAAAUGCAGUCAGGUUAAGACUCUGGUGAGGACGACGAGCAACCAGAUGAGCUUCCCUGAGACGGUUUCUGACAGUUUGUGCAGAAAUUCUUCCAUUGUGCAAACCCACAGUUUCAUCAGCUGUCUGUGUGGCUGGUCUCAGACAACUGAUGAAGGUGAAGAAGGUGAAGAAGCAAAAUGUGGAGGUCCUGGGCUAGCUUGGUUACUACACAUGGUUGGACAUACUGCCAAAUUCUCUAAAAUGACGUUGGAGGCGGCUUAUGGUAGAGACAUUAACAUUCAAUGCUCGCAACAGCUCUGGUGGACAUUCCUGCAGUCAGCAUGCCAAUUGCUCGCUCCCUCAACUUAAGACAUCUGUGGCAUUUUAUCCACUCACUACUACUACUGUAAGUCGCUCUGGAUAAGAGCGCCUGCUAAAUGACUAUACAUUUUUUUAAAUUAUGUAACUGAACAUUUUAGAGUAUGUGGCCUUUUAUUGUCCCCAGCAUAAUAUGCACCUGUGUAAUGAUCAUGCUGUUUAAUCACCUUCUUGAUAUGCCACCCCUGUCAUUUGGAUGGAUUAUCUUGGCAAGUGAGAAAUGCUCACUAACAGGGAUGUAAACAAAUGUGUGCACACAAGUUGAGAGAAAUACGCUUUUUGUGCGGAUGCCACAUUUCUGGAAUCUUAUUUCAACUCAUGAAACAUGGGACCAACACUUUACAUGUUGAGUUAAUAUUUUGUUCAUUUGAAAUGAUUUUGAAUAUACAAUAAAUCUUAGACACUUGCUAUAGGCAGCAUGUAUGCUUAUUCUGCCCAUAUUUAACGCUUGUAAAUGAGGCCCCAGGAGACUGAAGUACCUAAUCAGACUUGGGCUGACUUGGGCUAGGUACUUGUCUGCGUGUAUCAAUGCAGGUCUCUCUGUCUACGCUCUGUCUUGUAAAGUUCUACAAAUAAACAUUGUU